AUGACCUGGGCUUCCAUCCUGAAGAACCUCCUCAUGGUCUGUGUCUUCACCUCCUCUGCUGUCAGCACUGUGGAGAGUUACAGAUGUGCAAACUUUUCAUGCGUUAAUGGAAAUUGUGCUUUAAAAACACAGACUUGUGUAGCCUCUCAAGGGUGUUUCCACCGAGUACAGGAAUUUAAAACACCAAUUUCUUCUUCAAACUUAGUAGUUCAAGAGAAAGGUUGUUCCACAAACAAGUGUAAUAAACUUGCAUUCUCUGCAACGCUGGGGCAUCAAGUAACAUUUGGAUAUGAACAGCAAUGCUGUCAAACUGAGGAGUGCAACAAAGGAGAUGUACAGCUGUCUCAGCCAUCCUCACAAACCAAUGGUGUGGAAUGUCCUGCCUGCUAUAAUGAGACACACAUGUCAUGUGAUCCAGUUCUCCUAAAGUGCACAGGGGCACAGACAAAGUGUGUUGAGGUCAUUGGCACAGUGCCCACCAUUUAUGGCUCUCUACUCAGUAUCUAUGCAAAGGGCUGCGCCACUGAAACUGCCUGCGACCUGAACAAAGACAUCUUGAAUUCGAUAAAAAUCCGUACAUUCUGCAGCAGUGGGAGCCCUCCGCUCACCUCCAUCUCAUCAGUUCUCACCGGUCUCCUCUUGCUGAAAGUUGUUCUUUGAUCAGUCAGGCAUUGGCCAUCCCAGAACCCUACACUCCUGAACAAAUUGGUCUUUGGUUGGUUACCUUCCUCAAUUCGAAAGAAUUAAACCUGGUGAUGACCUC